UGUUACGGCGGCUGUUGCCUCAGUACUCGCUGAUACCGACGCGGUGAUAUUUGCUCGUGCGACGUGGCAUAAACUUGCAAACUGUUUUCGUUCCGGUCCGAAAUAUCACACCGUGCCGUAUAUACACGUGUCCUGCGAGGCUGAGAGCACAAGAUUAACAUUUCGUUCAUUUCGCGAUAAGCUUACAUAACCACGGCGAGAGAGGCGGCCCGAUAGUGCGUCGGCGAUGACUUUAUCGUUCGCGGGAUUUGUCUGUUCAACCGCACUGACGAGGAAGCGGGACCGGAGAUGAUGCCUACGUAUAGUUGACGGCGUGUCAUUCGAUCGCGCCCGGCUGUCAUCAACGUGGGAAACGAUAUCGUAGCCGCCGUCGCGAAGAAUGUCACAAGAUCUACGUCGGCAAAGGUGUGGGCCGUGUGCGAACAGCUGAGAGUGAACCACGUGCGACGAUUACGUGCGUCGAAUGAGAGAUGACGGUCUCCUACACUGCCGAGGUAGCGACCUGCAGGGGCCUCGGGUGCUUCCUUAAGUUACUUCUCAGAUGGCGAGCGAGCAUCUAUAAACUCGUCUGGCUCGAUCUGGCACUUUACCUCUUUAUCUACUACUCCCUAUCCGGCAUCUACCGUCUGAUACUGGACGACGAGCAGAAGAAGAUCUUCGAGGCUGUGGUGGCGUAUUGCAAUCAGUACAGCGACCUAAUACCGUUAUCCUUCGUCUUGGGUUUUUACGUCAGUAUAGUCAUGACCAGAUGGUGGAAUCAAUAUAUGGCGAUACCAUGGCCCGACUCUAUCGCAGUCUUUGUAUCGGCCACUAUACACGGAAACGACGAACGAGGUCGUCUAAUGCGUCGAACAAUCGUUAGGUACGUUUGCCUUUGUUUAACUGUGGUGCUUACGAACGUGUCGCCUCGAGUGAAGAAGAGAUUUCCUACUUUGGAGCAUUUCGUCGAGUCUGGUUUACUAUUGGAGAAUGAGCGGUCGAUAUUCCAAAGUCUGAACGCAAAGUUCCCCAAGCCAAGCAAGCACUGGUUGCCGAUAGUUUGGGCCUCGAGCAUCGUGACUCGUGCUAGAAAGGAAGGUAGAAUACGCGACGACUUUGCGAUGAAGACCAUCAUAGACGAGCUCAAUCAGUUUCGCGGAAAGUGCGGCAGUAUUUCACAUUACGACACGAUCAGCGUCCCGUUAGUUUAUACUCAGGUCGUAACGUUAGCUGUCUACACGUAUUUCCUUACCAGCGUAAUAGGUCGUCAAUCCGUUCAAGACGCAGCCAUAACCAUCGAUCUGUACUUCCCGGUAUUCGCAACGUUGCAAUUCUUUUUCUACAUGGGUUGGCUGAAAGUAGCCGAAACAUUGAUCAAUCCGUUUGGCGAAGACGACGACGACUUCGAAGUGAAUUGGUUGAUCGAUCGCAAUUUGCAGGUGAGCUACCUAAUCGUCGACGAGAUGCAUCACGAGCAUCCCGAGCUCAUACGCGAUCAAUAUUGGGACGAAGUGUUCCCGAUGGAAUUGCCGUAUACAGCCGCGGCUCAGCCUUUCCGCGAGGAACAUCCGCAACCUUCGACAGCCGGCAUACAGUUGUCCGCGGCGCAGCAAGAGCUGCAACCGUCAUCGGUUAAGAUCGACGAAAUGUUGUCAGAUUAUCAGAAGUUCCGUCCAGAUGUCGCCGAUGAUGCCGCGUCGGGAAUACAUUUCACUGCGAAAGGCAAGAUGUCUCGGAGCGCUAGCAGAGUGAGCAAUCGAGACCGCACUCUCAGCGGUGGCUCGACUUCUAGCAAUUUGGGCGGUUCUCUCACCAGGAUAAAUAGCGUCACCAGCGUACUUAAGCGAUUCUUCAGUAGGGAGGACAGACCGGACGGGGGUACUACAAGCGAUGCCAAGACUCCUGGGAAAAUUCAAAAUUCGCAUUCGACGGCCUCAUUGCAAACGCGACCGAUGAACGCAGGUGCAGGCGGUUCCAUGAGGAUAGGUGUCAUUGAGGAGGUGGACGAGCAGUUGACGAUGACCUCGAUAAAGCACGACAGUAAACCCCACGUACAAAGUAUAUUCGCGCAAGGUCCGCCGCCGCCGAGCGCUCCUGUCGAUGUUCCCGGCGGUGAGCGAUCGCAUAAGCGCCAAGUGUUUUCCAGAAGCGCACCCGUAGGAGGGAACGCGGACGACAGACGGAUGGGCAUUAGGAAGCAGGAGUCUACACAAUCGGUGCAAUCGAGCAUCACUUUCGAGCCGAUGGUCAGUUACGUCGGCAGUGGGAGCAACGACGAUCUUCCUAGCACCUUGAGCUCCUCGUGUUCCAGCGGCGCAGCGGACGAGUUCACGAAAUUGAAGACCGAGAGGAAGGAACAGAGGCGCAAUCGUAAGCUUGCCCGAAGCACGAGCGCGAUAAACAGCGAUCAAACGCAAAGCUCCGUCGAUGCGGAAACACUGUUGCUUACGGAAUUGGCGCAAGCGUCGCAUCUCGCCACGAUGAGGGCCGAAGAGGACGCGGAUUACCAGUUAUAGAUAAUAUCGAACAAUUUUCCUCGCAUCUUCUUCAACUAAUUAUAUCCUGUCGAGAGAUCGGAUCGAAGCAUAAUACGAUAAUACAUCACGUAAACGAUCGAUUUUUUUGCACAUUUUCUGCGUACUUAUGAGAUGGUAUUAUGAGAUGAUAUAAGACAAUGGAAGCCGAUCGCAUUGUCGUCGUCGGUAUAAUCAAAGUUAAGGUUACGUUAUUCAUACGUGAACCGAUUGCGAGAUAAUUGAUGAAGUUUUUUCGACGAAAUUUCCGUGAAAUUUGGUGGAACAAUUGCAGCUUUAGCAACGACAAGUUGACGUCGAGAUACAUCGUAAUAGAGGUGUUGCACCGCGAGACAAUUUUUUAAAGUCUGUUUAUAGAUGGAGAAAAAUAAAAAAAAUAUUUUUUCUAGCAAGGCUGGAAAAUAACGCCGUUAACGUUACUUCUCAGUUAUUUCGUCAUUAAUAAUGACGUUAUAUUUUCUCACUAGUGACGAUAAUGUAAUUAUUUUUUGGAUAAUAGUAUAAUCGUUACUACUAUUUUACACAUGAAUAAUACAUAUGUAUCGAAGGAGCGCAAACCAAAUCUAAGUCAAUCUUUACAGCCAAGUAUUACUGCCUAUGAUAAAUUGGCCGGUAAUAAAUUACUGUCGCUCAAUAAUCUUAUUAUUCGAGUAAUAAUAACAUUACUGGGCAGCAACAAUUUAUCAUAGACAGUAAUAUUUUUCUGUAAGGGAAAAAAUAACGGAAAUUAUAACAUGUUAUUUUUUGAGUAACGAUAACGGUAGUUACAUAAAAAAAAAAACUUUCCCAACUUCUGCUUUAUAGAAAGUGUCUAGCUUAAAUGUAGCAGAUAUGUCGUUAAUGUUAAUUGCUUGAACUAAACAUUAUCAGUGCAUGUGUGUGUAUGAUGUUUUUCAAGAUUAUUCUCGUGCGAGUAAGGAACUAGAGAUAAUCUGCAAAAGGAGUUAUGCAUAAAAGAUCGUUAAUGCUCAAUGAACGAACUCCAUUAUGUCCGCCUUAUACAACGAAAAUAUAAAAUUUGUAUCGUUUCCACAGUUUUUUCAAAAAUAAAAAUUGUGGAAACGACGUAUUUGUUAGUUUUAUACAUCUGGAACUACUUUUUAUUUUAUUUUCGUCAUACAUAAGGUUGAUUUUUACAUUUUCUCGUCACAAUGCCUUAGUUUACUCUGGUCAUUUGAUACGCGUACUAACUAGUAACUUUUUCAUUAGAUCAUCUUGAUAAGCCGGGAGCACGUAAAGAAACUUCUUAAGCAACAAGGAAAUUGACCAACUACAGACGAUUGUUUUUAAACCACAAUGAGAAUAAUCGAUUGUAGUUGGCCGAUUUCCGUACUUAAAUUUUUACUAACCAAUUCACUAAUUCUUACUAAAAUUACUUAAAUUUUUUCAUAGCUUCCGGUUAUAUUGUAGCAAGCUGGUACUAUAUGUCUUCUUGAUACAUAGCGUACCAAUUUAAUACGUCGCCGUUUACAUCCCUGAUGGCACAAAAUAUAAAAUCGGAACAUGAGAUAUCUUUAAGACAUCUCUCACUUAAAGAGAUCCAGAUUUUAGGUUUUAUGCUGUCCGGAUGCAUUGUCGAUAUCAAGAUGAUCUAAUACAAAAUUACUAAUUAGUACGCGUAUUCAAUGAUAGGUGUAAAGUAGCACAAUGCAGAUCUUAUAGAAUUACGCAUAAACGACUUGACUAUUAUUAGUCAUUUUUGACUAACAUUCCACCUUGUACAUGGUUUGUUAUGAUAUUCGGAAAUAAGCCAUUUGUU